AUGGAAUCUCCAAGACAGUCAGAUUCUGAUACAGUUGAGUAUUGGAAGAAACAAGCAAAGCAUUAUGAACAAAAGGUCAUCGAUUUACAACAAGAAUUGGACGAUUACACCGAAAACUCAGCACAACUGGAAAAGGAAUUAGAAGCAUCAUUAGUACAAGUUGAGAAACAAAACAGAGAUCUUGAACAUCAAAAUCAGCGAUUGAAAAACGAAAUUGAAAUGCUAAGGAACAAAUUGGAAAGAAGUCAGCAUGAAACAAAUGCCUUAGAGAAUGAACUACAAGCAUUAAAAAUAGAUAAAGAAAAACAAGGAGUUUACAUCAGGGAGUUAGAACAAAAAAAUGAUGAUUUGGAGAGAGGUCAGAGAGUAAUAUCAGAAUCAGUGUCAUACAUUGAAUCACUGUUAAACCAAGCAUAUGAGAGAAAUGCUGUCCUGGAGAGUGAGGUUGAUGAAGUGGAGAAUUUGAGGAUCAGACUGCAAAGAGCAACAGAUGAAGCUAGAGAUCUGAAGCAAGAACUGAAGGUAAUGGAAAAGGUUCCCAAACCAAAGAAGGGAGAUGACAGUACACUUGAUAGCUCCUUAGUCAAUGGACAUAUUUCAAACCCAACUCGGACUCAAGUUGAGAUAGAAACACAAACAUCUCUGAUGUCACCACAAAAACGUGAAAUAAAUGGCAACGGAAUGACACCAUCAUCUCGGGUAACGGCCAUAAAUAUAGUGGGCGAUUUACUACGCAAAGUGGGGCUUGAAAGGUUUCUUUGCCGUGAAUGUGGUAAGAUAAAAUGCUCCUGUGACACGCCUGCAGCUGCUUCUCAAAUAACUACGCCGAGCGACUCCACCGCCACAGAGAAUGGAUUGACUAGCAAUGACUUAGAUACUGGCGGGCCUGUCGAGUACAGGACCCAAAAAGUACUUUACGUACGAUCACAUUCAGGAUCUGAACAUAGUUCUAUAGCAAAGAACUCGCCUGUUUUAACAAACCGCGCAUCUGAGCAACCGUUUGUGCGUUCCACACAAGCAGAGAGUGGAAAAUUGAGAAGAUCAUUUGCCGUACGGUCUCGAGAGGGCUUAGAGAACUUGUUAAGUUUCGCUUCUAUUAGAAAAGGGCAUGAUCAGUCAAAGAAAGUUCGAAACUAA